AAUGACCAAGAAUUAUAUACGCAAGCGCUUACAUCACAUUUCACUUAUUCCACAAAAUAAUGGUAAAUUAUAGGGCAGGUCAGUUGUCUUCUUUGAAAUAUUCAUGAAAGUGUGUUAGUGUUUUGAACAUUAAUUCUGUAUAAAAGAGUGUUCACUAAAUAUGAAUCCAUCUUACAAAAUAUAUCUUGUCUUUCAUCAUGGAGAAAAAAAGAUGCAUUGCUAUGAUUCCUUCACCAGGACUAAGCCAUUUAAUUCCACUAGUUGAAUUUGCCAAACUAUUACUCCAAAAACACAAUGAAUUCAUCAUCACAUUCCUCAUUCCAACAUUUGGUCCUUUAUCUUCUUCCAUGCAAUCCAUCUUAAACACUCUUCCACCAAACAUGAACUUCACUGUUCUUCCUCAACUCAACAACAUUCAACAAGACCUUCCAAUUGAACCUGCAACACAAAUGAAACUCAUUGUUAAAAACUCAGUUCCAUUUCUCAUUGAAGAAGUGAAAUCACUCAUUUCAAAAACACACCUUAUUGCAUUAGUCUUCAGCAUGUUUUCAACUGAUGCACAUGAUGUUGCUAAACAAUUCAAUCUCUUAUCUUACCUUUUCUUUUCAUCAGGAGCUGUUUUAUUCUCUUUCUUUCUCACUCUUCCAAAUCUUGAUCAAUCUGCUAAUACCUCUAAAUUCUUAGAAUCAUGUUAUGAAACAGUUAAUAUUCCAGGUGUUGAAAUUCCUUUCCAUGUCAAAGAGUUACCUGACCCAAUUCUAUGUGAAAGGUCAAGUGAUACAUACAAAUCAUUACUUGAUUUGUGUCAAAAACUCACAUUGUUUGAUGGUGUUAUAAUCAAUACUUUCACUGAUUUAGAACAAGAUGUCAUAAGGGUACUUCAAGAAAGAGAGAAACUUUGUGUUUAUCCAAUUGGACCCAUCAUUAGAAAAGAAUCUAACAAUGAAACAAACAUGGAAGUGUGUUUAAGGUGGUUGGAAAAUCAACCACCAAGUUCUGUUCUUUUUGUCUCUUUUGGAAGUGGUGGAACACUUUCUUAUCAACAACUUCAUGAAUUAGCAUUUGGUUUAGAAAUUAGUGGUUGCAAGUUCUUGUGGGUUGUGAGAGUUCCAAGUAAAAAUUCAAGUUCUGCUUAUUUUAGUAAACAAAAUGAUGAUCCAUUAGAGUAUUUACCAAAUGGUUUUUUGGAAAGAACCAAAGACAAAGGGUUAGUGGUUGCAUCAUGGGCCCCACAAGUUGAGAUUCUUGUUCAUGAAUCAAUUGGUGGAUUUUUGAGUCAUUGUGGUUGGAGUUCAACUUUGGAGAGUGUGGUUAAUGGUGUGCCUAUGAUUGCAUGGCCAUUGUUUGCAGAACAAAAAAUGAAUGCUAAAGAACUUGUUGAUGUGUUAAAAGUGGGUGUGAGGGCAAAAGUUGAUGAUGAAAAUGGAAUAGUGAAAAGAGAUGAAGUUGUUAAAGCUAUAAAGGGAAUAAUGGAAGGUGAUGAAAGUUUGGAAAUAAGGAAGAGAAUUAAAGAAUUGAGUGUUGGUGCUGCUAAUGCAUUAAGUGAACAUGGUUCUUCUAUGAAGGCACUUUCUGACUUAGUAGUGAAAUUGCAUGACUAUUGAGUGGCUUGUAGAAAUUAUUAAUAAUGUAAUCAUGUUACAUUUUUCUUAUAGUUUAUUUCAUGAGUUACAUGUAUCAUUUGGAUGUUGAAUUUGAUGGCAACAUUUUGAGUAUUUUUCACCUA